AUGAAAGAAAAUCGACCACUUGCCGAACAAAUGGCACAAUUGAAUGCACCUGAUACGACAACUGAAAAUUCAUAUAUGGAUGGAUCUUCUUUGAGAAACGAAACGUGUCCAGCCGCAUUGCUUCGUUCAAUCGAUGAAAGUCUCGAAAAACUCUCGCAGGUAAGAAUUUUUUGAGGAAAUUUCUAAUCUAAAUCUAUAUAUAGACUUUUUCACAGAAAAAACGCGAAAAGCCAGCCGUACCAGCGCCGUGUCGCAAAGAAAUGUCAGCAACCUACAAAAUCUCGUUAUGCGACGUAUUUAAUCGCGAAGGAAAAUGUCCGUACGGCACGAGUUGUCGGUUUGCACACGGCAAAAACGAGCUGCGAAUGCGAGACCAGCGACCAGCGAGAACUGUGAAAUUCGGCGGGAUUUUUUAUGCGGCGCCCGCGAAACCAGCGAGAGGCAGAUGUCGCAAUUUUAUGGCUGGGAAUUGUCGGUUUGGAGAAAGGUGGGAAAUGGGAGUAGUGGGCUGAAAAUAGGUAUAAGUUGCUUUUUCAGAUGUCACUAUUUACAUCUGGUUGAUAGCAGCGAAAUGCCAAAAUUGAUGAACACGACAAUUCAGCCAUACAUCAAUCAAUCGUUUUCGGAAGUGCCGAGACAAUUGGAAACACCACCACAGGCUAUGAUGUAUCCACAACAACAACUUCAACCGGAUUUCAAUCAGACGUAUGUAAAGAUCUUAUUGGAUAGUGUGCAAUUACUUUUAUACGAUACUUUCGAAAAUAACUUUAUUUCAGACUACCAGCACAGGGAACAACAUAUUACUAUCAGCAAGUUCAACAAGCUCCUCAACAAUUUGCUCAAUUCCAACAAUAUCCAUAUUAUAUGAUGAAUAAUCCGUCAUCUUUUCUUCCUCCAUUUCCACCACCUCAAUCAUCUCAACAAUUGCCAUAUUAUCAAAUGUAUCCACCUUUUCCACAACCAAUGAUACAACAAAAUGUCCAAUAUUAUCAAUGA